CCAGGCGCCCCAAGAGGCCCCAAAGAUCGUCUGCAUUCGGCCAAACGGCCCAAGAGGGCCCUCCGCAGCCAUUUUGGCUCAAGCAGUUGUGGCGCAAGCCUAAUUCGUCAGUUAACUGUUUGGCUUUUCUCGCCACCCCGCCCGCGCUCCGCUCCAGCAAUCUCCCCCGCAGGCUUUGCUCUCCGAUGGCGGUGCCAGCGUUCGAUGAAUUUUGGCGCCAAGACCCGAUAUUGGUGGGUGGCGUGGCGCCACCAUGCGGAGCUAAUUUUCAACGCUACGUGCCACCGACAUUCGGCGUCAUCUUGCACGCGCCGAUGUACUCUCGCAAGGUUGGCAUCGUGAGGGCCCGCACUCCACAUCCCGAGAACCUGAACGGCCUGCAGCGCGUGGUGGGGGCGUCCGCGGAGUCAAUCGCUUCGCAUGGCUCUGUCGGCGCAGAGUUGGGCGGCCCGGAGUUCGUGGUGGGGUCGCCCGCGAAGCCGGUUGCUUCGCGCGGCCCUGACAGUGCUCGUGCAAGUUGACUUGGGGCAGGCCUGGGCGGGUCCGAGACCUUGAGAGGUGCGAUCGGGGCAGCGGUGUUGGCUUUGCGCCGGAAGCUGAAAGGCAAGUCCUCAUCUCAGAAUUUCUCUGAGAUCAAAGAGGCCCCGCCAGCUGCGCCGGCCUCGCCACCACGGGCCGGGUUCAGAUUCAGAGCUCGGUCAUAUGUCCAGGCGCACAAGACAGCCAGUAGUGCAUAGCUGAUGUUUUUCUGCAUGCCCCAAGGGAGAACAUGUUGCCGCUGUGCAGAAGCCACCCGCAUUCGAGGAGAAGGAGGGGAUGGCUCUGCCAGCAGGUGCCCAGAGAAAUGGGGGAGGAGGAACGGGGAGGGGAGCAGCACGAGCGUGGUCGUGGCGCGAGGAGUGGCAUGCACGUCGCGGCGCAACCUGCCAGUGGCCGAUCUGGCCUCGGCAGUUCGGCCGCACUCGGACACGUCCUGUGCUAACACGGCCCUGCGACUCGAGCACUGAUUGCCGAGUACUCCUGUACGACUAAGCGGGGCCUUGCCCGCGUUGCCUUCCGUCUUCUUUUAUUUUCUUCCCCCACCCCUCGCGUCUCCAGUAGAUUUUCCUCCAACAGGUUUGUCUCACACCCAGCAUUCAAACGCCGCAGAGGUGCUGGGAAAUUCCCCUAGCGCGGCAAUCAUCAUCACUACUAGCGCCAUCGUGCAUCAACACCCUCUUCUUCUUCUUCAUCUUCUCCAUCUUCUUCAUCUUCUUCUUCCUCCUCAUCAUCAUCAGCUUCACCAGCUUCUGCCAGCACUGUACUGGCUUUCUGGAGAGACGCAAGUAUCUUGGCGGUACCGCGUUGUGGGUUCCAACGGUAGACGGCUGAGGUCAACACAGUCGCGAAGCACGGAGAAUGUAAAAUACGUAAUUUUUCGAAUCUCUCUCAUUUAUAGGUAUCGCGCUGUGUGUAUGGCUGUCGGUGGAGCUUGUUUUCGGCCGCGCUCGGACACCCGUCUUGUGCUGACACAGCCCUGCGCCUCGUGGCCAUUGCACAGUUGCUGUGCCAGUACUGUGCGUAGGUUCCGUGCCACCACCAGCCUGUUCUUUUCUGGGGCUGGUGUCUGGUGCCACCACAGCCUGCGGACGUCGGGUAUCAUCAUCAGCUGCAGCAGUAUCAUCACAUUUCGAGGGGCGUCGGGUGGCGUGGAGUUGUCGAUGGGACAGCGGCGGGCGCAGUGGGGACUGUGGCGCCCGCGACUGUGCAGCGCGGCGCCAGCGAUUGUGCACCGUGGCGCCAGCAGCAGUGCCAUGUGGUGCCAGCGGCUGUGCAAUGUGACGCUUGCGGCUGUGCAGUGCGGUGCCUGCGGCUGCGCAAUGUGGCGCCUGCGCAUUUUCGCACGAAACAUGCUUUCGCGCGCGUUAUGCUUGGCGGUUCUGCAAUGUGAGGCUUGCCCAUGUACGUGCGCAUUAUGCUAACGUACGUACUAUGCUUGCGUGUGUGAUAUGGCAACGUACAACACAUGCCCACGCACACGCGCAUGGAACGCAGAAGCCAAACACAGCAGAUGCGGCCACCACGGGGCUCGAACCCGCGACCGCCAGCGUAGAGGUCCAACGCUUUGCUAACUGAGCUAGACAAUAUAAUUUUGAGAAGCAUGCAGCGAUAUGAUUUUGAGAAGCGCAUGCAAUGCAUACAAUUGACUUCCGCGAGGUCCACGAGAGGCUUCUGAGGGAAUACUGCAAGUGAGAGGCGCAAGCGGGGCUUGCGAAAGGGUUUCUGAUACGCAGAUGGAACGGCGCCUCCGAAAAAGGCAAAUGCGGAGCUGACUCGUGGUAGGCCCGCGCGGAGCGAAUGAAUCUUCCGAGACGCUUCUGAGAGGCUUGGGCAAAUCUUUUGGAAAGCGUCCGCCCGUUGGACAUCGCGCCAUGUUCGAAAGCAGCA